AUGAAUAUACUUGAUUUGCCCGAUGAAAUUCUACUUAAUAUCAUCAAAAAAUUGAAUAUGAUCGAUGUACUUUAUUCAUUGGUGGAUGUAAAUCAACGAUUUGAUCGACUAGUACUCGAUCCUUUCUACACUAAUCAUCUAGAUUUAACGGUUAAAGCAUUGCUUAAUGAUAACUUUUCAAUAGAGAAACAAGUUCUUUCAAGAAUUUGUAAAGAAAUUUUGCCUCGAAUUAAUAAUAAAAUAAAGAAACUCACUGUUAAUCAAUAUUCUAUGGAAGAUAUACUUGGUGCUGUUGUCUAUCCUCAACUUUAUUCAUUAUCAUUAAUCAAUUUUGAAUCAGAUACACUUUUACCAUAUUUACGAGAUGAUACAAAACUUCGUUGUCUUCUCACUAAUCAAAUCACACAUGUUAAUAUUAAGAUGAUUGAUAAAAAACCAACAGUACGAGAUGAAAAUGAAUCAAAUUUAUUUGCAUUAAUAUUGUCUAGAAGCAAACGUCUAACUGAUUUGACUUAUAGUCAAUGGUUUUGUAGUGGAAAUUCACUGAUUUCAAUGUAUAAUUUGCCAUCAACAAGUUGUGUUUGUUCAACACUUACCAAAUUGAAUAUUGAUGUUAAUCAUUUUGAUGAUUGUCUUUAUUUUCUUGAUGGACGUUUUGAUUCUUUAUCAACAUUGAUCAUUUAUAUUGAAACAAUUUCUUCUCCAUUAUCAAAUAUUGAUAAUACAAGACAACUUCCCAAACUCAAAUGUUUAUCUUUAAUAACUUAUUGUCGAACACAAUUUUAUGAUAGUCUAGUUGUUCCAUUAAUAUGUCGAAUGUCAAAUCUUGAAGAAUUAACAUUAUAUCUAUCGAUACAAAGAAUUGAAUCGACUUAUAUUGAUGGAAAUCAUUUAUACAAUGAAAUUCUUAUUCAUAUGCCACAAUUAAAAAAAUUUAUUUUCAGUAUAAAUACUCUUGUUAUCAAUAAGAAUAUUCGAAUUAAUCUUCCAUCAAACAAUGAUAUUCAACGUAGUUUUAUCGAAAGAGAAUAUCAACAAAUUGCUUCAUAUACUCACAAAGAAUCAAUAGAACAAAGAAGUACAUGCCAUAUCUAUUCACUUCCAUAUCAAUUUGAUAGGUUUUACAAUAUGAAUUGUCAUUUUCAAGGUGGAAUAUUUAAUAAAGUUCGAAUGGUGAUGAUGACUGAUAGAAAACAUCCUUUUGAACAAGAAUUUUUUCAAAUCGUCUCGAAUUGUUUUCCUUUUCUUCAAAAACUAACUAUAUGGAAUUAUCAACCACAAAAAAGAAAACAACAAUUAUGCCCAAUUAUCACAUUUCCUUAUCUUCAUUGUUUGAUUCUUCGAAGUGUAAAUGUUGAUUAUGCUGAUCAAUUUCUGAAUGAUACUAAAAUUCAUCUGCCUUGUUUGUUAGAACUUAGAAUAACAUAUGAAUCAUUAGUAAUGAUAACAUACAAUUUUACCAAUGAUGCAACACGUCUUACUUGUGCUCGUUUGCGAAUUCUUAUUAUAUAUGGUUCAUAUGUUCGUCCAGAAAAUUUUCAUACAUAUUUUCCUUUAUGUAACAUGUAA